AAAUUUGAUCAAUUAUUUUAUAAACACCGUCACAAACCAAAAUUUUGGACAACGUGUCUAGCAAUAUACUGGAGCAGAAGUAGCCGUUUAAGAGCACGUGGACAAGGGACCUAAUUUUGUCAGUGAAAAAAUACACCAAUUCACUCUAAUCAUCACACGCUCCAUAGCCACGCGCCUAAGUUUUUUGAGUUUGAGAAGUGACCGGCUCAAUCUGUCUCUUUCUUUUUCUUUGUAUCUCUCCCAUCUGAGGAGAGCGAGGGAGAGCAGUGCUUCCGCUGUAGGAGGAGACACCGGCGCAGCUCACACCUGCAAAGUGCAAUCUCUUCAGUUUCUGACCUCUCUUUCAAUCACUUGCAUACACACUAUUUCCUUCUCAGUCUUCUUUCUAGACACCAACUGGGAAAAACAAUUAUAUAAAAUUCGCCGGAAAGGAGGCGAACGGAAAACCCUAAUCUGACGCUCUGAAGUUAUGGAUGGCGGGGUGGUCUGAGCUUUUUUCCUGAAGAAUCAUUCAUGUUACUAUAGCAUCUGGUUUGACUUUUUUUUUUCUUUUACCUUCGUCUAUGGCAGUCUUCUAAUUUCAAUUUUCGACGAGAAAGGUUUUUGUAAGGAAGGAAAAAAUGUCUGUGGCCGAGCUGAAAGAGCGCCACGUAGCGGCGAACGAGACGGUCAACUCUCUCAGAGAGCGAUUGAAGCAGAGGCGACUUGCUUUGCUCGAUACUGAUGUUGCAGGGUAUGCGAGGUCUCAGGGAAGAACUCCGGUCCGCUUUGGACCUACGGAUCUGGUAUGCUGUAGAACGUUGCAGGGUCACGCAGGGAAGGUGUAUUCAUUAGAUUGGACUCCUGAAAAGAACCGAAUUGUGAGUGCAUCUCAGGAUGGAAGAUUAAUUGUCUGGAAUGCACUAACAAGCCAAAAAACCCAUGCUAUAAAGUUACCUUGUGCGUGGGUCAUGACUUGUGCUUUUUCACCAACUGGUCAGUCCGUUGCAUGUGGUGGUCUUGACAGUGUUUGCUCUAUCUUUAAUCUUAGUUCACAAACGGAUAAAGAUGGGAAUCUUCCUGUGGCAAAAAUGCUUAGUGGGCACAAGGGUUACGUUUCUUCCUGCCAAUACGUUCCAGAGGAGGAUGCACACUUAAUUACGAGUUCUGGAGAUCAGACAUGUGUCUUGUGGGACAUUACUACAGGCCUUAGAACUUCAGUUUUUGGAGGUGAAUUUCAAUCUGGACAUACUGCAGAUGUGCUGAGUGUCUCCAUUAAUGGAUCCAACCCAAGAAUGUUUGUAUCUGGUUCAUGUGAUACAACAGCACGAUUAUGGGACACUCGUGUUGCUAGUCGAGCAGUGCGGACAUUUCAUGGCCACGAGGGAGAUGUUAAUUCUGUAAAAUUCUUUCCAGAUGGCAAUAGAUUUGGAACUGGCUCAGAUGAUGGAACCUGCAGGUUAUUUGAUAUUAGAACAGGACAUCAACUUCAAGUAUACCACCAGCGGCACGGUGAUAAUGAUAACCCACAUGUGACUUCAAUUGCAUUCUCCACGUCAGGAAGGCUUCUCUUUGUUGGAUACACAAAUGGUGAUUGCUAUGUAUGGGAUACUUUAUUGGCUGAGGUGGUUUUGAACUUAGGAUCUCUCCAGAACUCACACGAGGGCAGAAUUAGCUGCUUGGGUUUGUCAGCUGAUGGGAGUGCCUUGUGUACAGGAAGUUGGGAUACGAAUCUAAAGAUAUGGGCAUUUGGAGGGCAUAGAAGGGUACUAUGAUCGAUGGGGUAAUAAUAAUUGAGCUACCUUAGUUGUCUUGAGGGGUUCUCAUCUCAAAUCCAUGACCAUGGGGUCCUAACUGCCUUCACACAGAAUUCCUUAUUUUGGGUUUGAGAAAAACGAUAUUCUGUAAUGCCAUCCCUGUAUUCCUCAUUGGAAAAGUAAGAAAUUUCAAUAUUGAAAAGAAUAUAUAUCUUAUCUUAUCUUAUUUCCUAUUAUUAUAACUCUAUGUUAAUAUUUGAGUACUAAUAUUAUAAAAAUAAUGUCUUACUUUUAUAAAAA